UCAAAAUUACUCCUAAGCAAUUCUUAGCUUCUUUGCUCAAUUUCCAACUUAUUUAGUCCAUUCUAACUCUCUUUUCGUUUCCUUAAAAAUGGCCACAGAGGUUGCACCAAGCACAAUCUUGCCCGAGACUCAGGCACCAACUGAGGUGAUCAAGACCGAGAUAGUAGCCACAGAAGCCGCGGAAGCUGAAGCUACCCCAGCUGCAGUUUCUGAGGAAGUACCAGUAGAAGUUGUUGCAGAAGCCCCUCCUACUGAGGCAGUUGUGGAAACCCCAGCAGAAACCGAGGCUCCAGCAGUAGAAGUAGCCGAGCCAGAAAAGGUAAUCGAGCCUGAGGCAGAGGCAGAGACAGAACCUGUGGUAGAGACCAAGAAAGAGGUGGUCGUCCCAGCAGCGGAAGAAGAGAAGCCUGCAGUCGAAGAAGCUAACGAAGUGGGCCCCACUGAGACCACUGAAGCACCAGUUGAAGAGGCCGCUAAGGUGACCGAAGAAGCACCGGCUGAAACUCCUGAAGUGGCUGCAGAGGACACCAAAUCUGAGGCACCAGUUGAGAAGACUGAGGAGUAAAUUUAAGUGUCUUUCAAGUUUUUUUUCUGGGAUUGAUCAGUUCUUUUGAUUUUAUUAUAUUAUAUUUACUUGCUAGUAUUUAUUAUUUAAAUUAUUAUAAGGUAAAAAUAGAAAGGCUUUGGUUUGGGAUUUGGAAAAUUUUAUAUAUAUCAAACCUAUUUGCUUAUGAUAUGCCCAUUCUUAUGGAUGUUGGCUAGAGUUCAGAGAGGAGAAAUGUUAAGAGUUUGAUACUGUGCUGGCUUUGGUUCUGAAAAAUAAAUCUUGUUUUUCUUCAGAGAAAUCUCGCUAUGUUUUUCUGCAUCAAUAUCUUAAUCUUGUGAGAAGAAAAAUACAUUUGAACGACCACUGAAACUGAUAUAUUGGUUCAUAAUAUUUGCUAUCAUAAGAAAGCUAAGAAACAUGGAGCCAAUGACGAGAGUGAUCCUGAAGCGUCUCGAGUACAUGGGACACGUAAUGAAGAACAACCGUCUACUAUGACUAGGAAUAAGGUCUGAAUUUAUACAAUCCUGCUCGUACACACGAAGGAGGAUUACAAAAUUCAACAAGAUCCUGUUAAUGUUUCGAUUUUCUAUUAAGUUGAAGUGACGAAAACGCAAGAUGCAACUGCGUUUUCAAGUCCAACUCACAGCUUGUAUUGCAGGUAAUGUUGUCCAAAUUUGACUAAUUAACCGAAACCGACUAUAACUCAACUCAACCGGAAAUAAUUCGCAUAUUAAAAUCAUAUCAGAUUGUCAAGAUAUCGACGUACACAUAAGAA